CGGAGUGAAGGAGCCGGCUCGCGUCGUUCACUUCAAAGAUUCGGCUCUAAGAGCCGUUUCGUUCGCGACCGACACAUCACUACUCCUCAAGUCGUCAGUUGUCAGACUUUACGUUUGAAGUUGCGGUUGAAAAUUAAAUCUGGUCGCACAGUUAUGCCUUAAAUUUGAGCUCUAAACUCAGGUUAUGUUAUUCCCUGAAAAUACGGACGGACUCAGCCUUUUAUAACUAAUAUCUUUAGAAGAUCAAAGGACGGAAAUGUCUGCUGUAACGGAGAAACUCUGCCUGACUUUGCUGUUUGUCGGGUUCUUCAUGUUUGUCUCUGCAGACCAGAAAAACAUCACAACUGAGUCUGGACAGAACAUCAUUCUGCCAUGUCGAGCUCCAAACAACAACACAAUCAGACUUGUAAAGUGGAGUAGAGAUGACCUGGGAGAUAAAUAUGUGCUAUUGUACAGGGUUGGGCACUUUGUUCCAGAUGACCAGCAUCCAUCUUUUAAGAACCGGGUGGAUCUGCAGGACAGACAGAUGAAGGAUGGAGACGUGUCUUUGAUUCUGAAGGAUGUGACGAUUAAUGAUGCUGGAACAUACGAGUGUCUUGUCUUCCUGGAAGAAACACGCUCCUUGCAGUCGUUCACAAACAUCUACCUGAGUGUUGAUCCUCCAGGUCAGACAAGAGGAUUCAGAGACCGUGGACUGAUAGUCAGUUUGUCAGUUUGUACUGCGCUUGUUGCUGCUGCUCUCAUUGGUUUUUUGAUCUACUACAAUCGUACAUAACAGAGUCCCCACCCCAGUUAAUCAGACUAACCACUCCAAUCAGUAAUUUUCAGUUAAACGUGCUUACUAAUGCACACUUGGUCAUAAUCGGUUCCAGUAACUGAAAACACCAUGGCACUAUCAGCUAUUUGGAUGAAGAGAAGUUAUGGAUUUGGGUUUAGAAAAAGAAGGUUAUAGUGUGUGAAUAAUGAUCAAGAGCCAGCAUUCGCUUCAAAGUGCUGCACCAGGGCCUCCGAGCACAGUGGUGCUGUGCUUUAACUGAUUGUUACAGACUGAAAUGCACUUUGACACACUUGAUACAUUAGUCAGAGUAAUAAGAGAAUCAACUGUGUCUGCAAUAUGCUUUUACAGGAGCCACGAUAGUAACCAGCCAUUCUAAGGAAAUGGAUAAGCUCACAUCUGAUGUGAGGCACAGGUAAAUCUUGAAUGGCCUGAAUUUCGGCAGUGACUAACUCACCUGACUUUGUCACACUUCAUUUGCUAAGUCACGGCAGCUCUCAAUCACAUUGAGCCAGAUUUGAGGUGAGGAUUGGCUCCUACAACCUGUCAAAAAUAAUUUGUGGUAAGCGCGGAACAGGUAUACCUCACAGUUUCAAUCACCAGCAAAGACAAUGAAUGAAGUUAAUGAUCCAGAUCAUCCAACAGACAGACCUCAAGACAGAAUGUAGCUUCAUUAUGUAUUCUUAUCAUCAGACAUGUUCAGACUGUGUCCGUCAGAGACUGUGUAACUACUGUGUUUGCUCAUCUUGUGCUUUCAUUGGUUUUGUUUAAAGGGGGGAAAACACUGCUUGAUAUCAGGUUGUGAAUUGACUGUACAGUAAGUACAGUAUUGGGAUCAAUGUGUGUUUUAAUUUUUUUAGCUGCUAGCUUAGCGUUUCAUGUCAGUGGGAGAGGUUCAUUUUUUUACAUUUCUAUCCUAAUGUAUGUGGGACAUCCAGGAUUCAUGUUGCAAACAGACAGUUAAAAAAAUAUUCAAUUUCUGAAUUAAACCUUUUCAAGCUAAACAUAUCCCACUGAUAUGAGCAGUAAAUACCUUUAUUGGUUGUUUAUUCUGAUUACACAUGGAUGCAGUGUCAUGUUUGUUACAGCAGCAGAAUGACUCUUUGUUUUAUCUUCAGGUUCAGAAGCUGUUUGUAAGUUCAAACAUGUUCUUUAAGGUUUGAACCACAAAAACUGAUCCUUAUGUAGAGAUCUGCAGUUACAGUUUAGAUAAAACAAACACUGUAAACACAGAGUGUAGAUGAAACUCUGAGUUAUAGACAAUCAUUAAUCUGCCUGAUGGUGUUCUGGGCUAUUGAUCAGCUAAAAAUGAAUGAUGUGACAGUAUUAUGAAACAGAGGAGUGGAAUAAGUUCCAUCUGCCUGCAGAGUCAGAUGUUCUCUCCCUGUGAUCUGUGAAUCUUUAUUUUCUGACCUUGAAGAUGCUUCAGUCUGUUUUACUAAUGUUGGUGAUGUAGUUUUUCUAGUUUUUGUUGUUCACUUGUUAAGGUUUAAUAAAGACUUACACACAG